AUGUUCCAAGAACAGGCUUUGGAAAUUAAAAAUGAUUCUGCUGCCAAAUAUGAUUUUGAGAAAAUGGAUAAGGCACUAUUUUGGGUAAAAUAUCUCAAAGUUUAUCCCAGCAUAGCAGAGGAAGCACUAAAAUUGUUUUUACCUUUUUCGAGCACAUAUUUGUGCGAAAAAGCGUUUUCGACAGUGGUAGUAAUUAAAACAAAAUACAGAAGCAAAUUAGAUAUUGCAAUUACUGAAUAUCUGCGCACACUUGACAAAUGGGGUUGGGGUUUAUCAAAAGAGGAAGUAUUAGAUUUAGUAGCGGCUUUUGUACAAAAAAACAAUUUAAAAACACCGUUUAAAGAAAACAGACCAGGCACCAAGUGGUUCGUGUCUUUUAGGGAGCGACAUAAACUAUCUGUAAAGAAACCCCAAGCAGUAGAAGCUGUGCGAAAACGAAUGACAGAUCCAUUUGUCAUUGAUGAAUAUUUUACUCUCUUGAAAGAAAUACUCACAAAGUACAAAAUUAACGAUCCGCGAAAAAUAUGGAAUCUAGACGAAACAUCUGUUUCUCUAGAUCCAAUGAAGACUAAAGUUGUUGGUGCCAUUGGUCAGCCAUGUACCAGAACAACUGCUGGUACAGGCAAAGAAAAUAUUACCGUCCUAACCAAAGUUAACGCGGCAGAGAGACCCCAGUUGAUGGUGUACGAUGGCCACGUAACUCAUGUCGACGAGAGAGUGGUAGCUUUGGCAGCAGAAAAUGGUCUGAUUAUAUUAAAACUACCUGCACAUACGUCUCAUCUACUCCAGCCAUUGGAUUUAGCAGUAUUUAAAUCCUUUAAAAGUAUAUGGGACGUACAGCUUGUUACUUGGCAGAGGGAGAAUAUUGGUAUCAAAGUACGUAAGCAAGCCUUUGCUCGCAAGUUUGCGGAAGCAUGGCACAAGACAAAGCCCGAAGUUAUAAGAAACGGCUUCAAAAAGGGAGGGAUCUACUCCUAA